AGAGAGAGAGCGAGCGAGCGAGCGAGAGAAAGAGAGAGAGCAUCAAGGCACCACCACAGCAGGCUCCACCAUCCACAGACUGUGAGGUAUACAAGUGCCACAAGGAGACUAUAUUCCGCUAAAAUAAUGGAUGGGACAAAGCCGGCCAUGGAGUCCAACGCGGAGGAGACUCAGGACGAGGGGCAGGAGAGCAAAGGAUGCUUUGAGUGCUGCAUCAAGUGUCUGGGCGGGGUGCCCUACGCCUCCCUGGUGGCCACCAUCCUCUGCUUCUCAGGCGUGGCUCUGUUCUGCGGCUGUGGCCACGUGGCGCUGACCGGCACUCUGACCAUGCUGGAGAACCACUUUUCCCGGAUUACCACGGACCACGCCACCCUCGCCAUGGUGAUCCAGAUCUUUCAGUACAUCAUCUACGGCAUUGCCUCCUUCUUCUUCGUCUACGCCAUCAUCCUGCUCGCCGAGGGCUUCUACACCACCAGCGCCAUCAAGAAGGAGCUGCAGAGCGACUUCAAGACCACCGUUUGCGGACGCUGCAUCACCGCCUUCUUCAUGUUCCUGACCUACAUCCUCUUCCUGGCCUUCCUUGCCAUCUUCGGCUUCACAGCGAUACCCGUCUUCCUCUUCUUUAACAUGUGGAAUACCUGCGCUGCCAUGAGGUCUCCUGACUCUAACAUCACCGCGCCCGACUCCAUCUGUGUGGAUGUUAGGCAGUAUGGUAUUAUUCCCUGGAACGCCACUCCAGGAAAAGCUUGUGGAGCCACACUGGGAGACAUCUGCAACACCAGUGAGUUCUACCUCUCCUACCACCUCUACAUUGUCGCGUUCGCUGGCGCCGGUGCCACCGUCAUCGCGUUGAUCCACUACCUGAUGAUUUUGGGGGCAAACUGGGCCUACCUGAAGAGCGCCGUCUCCACGCACGAGUACCAAGACAUCAAGACCAAGGAUGACCAAGAUCUGGAGGCUGAGGCGCGCUCCAAGGAGGGCCAGAACUCCUCCUCCUACUCAUAAGGACCAGGGAUCCUCUACUGCCACCACCCAUCUCCUCUCCACACCUCAAAAAUCCCCCCACCCCUGCAACACCCAGCGCCCGUCCCUCCCUCAGUUAAAACAAAACCACCUCGGUCAUGUUUGAUAGUCCCCCAAACCGCCUGACCCUCCAUCCUCUCCCCCCCUCCACGAUGUUUAUUAAGAGCAGCGAGCUCACAGAAAGAGGGGGAGAGAAUAGAGGAUCGGGAGAAGCGGCAGGCCCAGAUGGAGGCAGAUGCUUCGGAACGGGGGAGCUCGCCCGGCCGCCCGGGUGGAGCUCAGGUACGGUACAUCAGUUUAGAAGCGUCUCCUCCCCCGUGCUUUUGGGCGGCGGCUCGUGAACGAGGCCCGGCUGUGAUGGCCUCGCGCCCUGAGCCAGCACAGCCUCUCGACACACAGCUCCUAACAGCCUAAAAAAACAUUGAUCACUGUCUGCUCCAGCCACAGGGAAGCCAGGCAGCGACCACCUUCCUCUGUUUUUUGGUGUUUUAUAUGCAUAUAUAUAUGAAUAUGAAUAUAUUGUGCGAAUGUGUACGAAUGUUGUUGUUUUUUUUAAUGCUCUCGGAGAAGUAUGCCUGGUACUAUUUUGAUCUUUCUUCUUCUACUUCUUUUUGUUUUUGCGCUCAUGGGUUUUUUCUCCUUUUCUUUCUUCUCCAUCUUUAAAUUUUUUAUUGCUAAUGCUCGAUAAGUUGUUGCACUAUGAUGAAAACAAAAAAUAACAAGGGAGAAUACAAUUCUGAAAAAAAGAAACAAAGCAUCCAUGCCCCUCGCUUUCAUAGAAAUAAUACUCCAAUCAUGUAUCUCAAGGAUUUUUCUUUUUCAUUUACAUACGCAGAGUUUAUUUAUACUCCAAGUUAUUAACAUUACUUUACGACCAGAGGUGUAGCAAACUUUUAUAAAGGGAAUAGUUUUGAUAAAUUCACUUAGAAAUACUCUUGCAAAGGGAGAAAUGUUAAAAUUGAUGCCACUUUCAAAUACUACAGCGAGGAAAGGAUUAUGAUAGCAGCCAACAGCUAGUCUGGCUCUUGUUAGAGUUGACAAAACUGCCUCACAGGAGCUUUUAAAGCUCAAUAAUAAAUAAAGCAUAAAGUUAGUUUGGGUAUUUCAAACAAAAACAAAGUGUAAAAGCGACCUUUUACAAAUUUACAGCGAGGCUACUGCCAAAUAUGUUUUGUUUCCAUUAGCCUGAUGACUUCAAACAAAAGUGGUAUUAAUCUUCUUCUCUGACUCUUUGCAAGGAAAUAAAAAAAGGGGCAUUUCCCAACAUUUCAAACUAUUUUCCUUUCAGAUUUUUAGUUUUUGCUACACUCACCACCAGCGGCCGCAGAAAUAGAAGUUAGCUCUGUCUGGGUUUUUUAAACAAAAACGACACACACACCUCAGGAAUCAAACCAAAUCUGAUUUUAGCCAGUUGUGUUCUUUCCUACAGCUUCACCAUCAAACCACUAACCCUUACAGGAUCGAUACCUUACCCUGAUCGAUGAACCAACAAUCAUUUUCUAAAACUUCUCCUUUUAUGAAUAAACUUCACCUGUAAAUAAAUCACCCUUAAAAAGAAUCUCAAUUUACACCUCUCCCAAACGAGGAGAACACAAUCAGUGUUUUUGCCAUGCUCUUCUAUAAUUUUUUUCCACAGAUAUAUGUAAAUGUACCCUUUGAGAUAUGUGUUUAGCACUCAAAUACUAGUUCUGCAUUUGAUAUAAUAAUUGUAAUGUAACAUCUUCAAUGAUAUGUCGUGAGAGGGAUGCAGUGCAGUCAUGAUAUGAUAUGAUGGGUUGAGGUGCUUGUGACGUAUACAUUUCAAAAUGUGAACAAAAAAAAAAUAUGGAAAUUAAUUUUUAAUGUUUUAUCAGUUUUAGGCAGCUGGGUUCUUCUUGUGAUUCAGUAAUUAUGAUUUUAUUGACUUGUUUGUGCUUUUUUUUUUUUUGAUGGCCGGCCAAAUAAGUGACUCAUCAACACGUGAGUUGAUUUAAAAAGUCACUUUUAUCCUUUCUUUUUCUAUUUGUUGUUUUCUUUGAACGUCAUGCCUCUCAUAUGAGCCACAGAGACUGUUUUGGAUGUUUACACUCUGAAUAAAAACCAGUCAGGAAUUUUCAUACGUUAAUUUUAUAAUUAGAUAUGGUUUAAUGAUCAUGAACUAUAUUCUAUAGGGAUCAUCACUGGUUAGUUUUCCCAGAAAAAAAUGACACUGAAGAAGACAAAUCUUUUGAACUUUAAUGAGAUGAAGCAUGUCAGUAUCGUCCAUGUGUGCAGCUGUCUAUUCUGUAUAAAAAAGGACUAUAUUGCCAUGUGUGUUAUGUUUGAUAAAUAUACGUGCUUUGCCGCCAGGUUGAUGUAAAGGCAAACUUCAAUUUCCUAUAAGACGAUGCGUGUCAGGGUGUUGUUGUUUCCUCGUUAUUUGCAUGAAGGAGACAUGACUGUGUCUUUGCAGUUUUUCAGGUGAUGUGUAGUCAAUUGUACUGACAACUAUGGUAGGCGGUGUUUGACCCCCUCCUCCACACCCCUUCCCCCCCUUUCCACCCACUCUUUUCUAAAGAAACUCCAUUGUACUUUGAUGGCAUUGUAGUCCCUGUAGGUGUUUCAUUAUGGUUUUAUUUUUUAAGUUGGAAAUAGUUCUAUGACUCCUAUAUAGUGAUGAUUUUUGUAACCUUCUCUAGUAAAACCGAUAUUUUUUAUUAUCGUGACA